GUAUGCGAUGAGAUGGAAGACAUGAUGGAAGAUGGAGGGAACAUUGUGGAUUAUCACGGCUGUGAUUUCUUUCCCGAGCAUUGGUUUGAUCGUGUCGUCGUCCUGCAGACUGAUAAUUCUGUCCUACAUGAUAGGCUAUCUAGCAGGGGAUACAUGGGAGUGAAGCUGACAAACAACAUAGAAUGUGAGAUAUUUCAGGUGCUAUUGGAGGAGGCGAGAUCAAGCUAUGCUGAAGAUAUUGUCAUCCCCUUACACAGCAACUGCGUUGAAGACAUGAGCAGCAAUGUGGCCAUGCUAACAGACUGGAUCAAUAACUGGGGGCAAUCAUGAAACCAAUUUUGGUUUGGAAAGUCUAUAAUUGCUAGGUUUUGUUUUUGAUUCAUCAUAUAUUGUGUAUUAAUUAAUGACUGUAACCCUAAUUAACUGAUUCUGUUAUGUCACUUAGUGUGGAUGAGAAAGAUUGCAUUUAUCUCUCAAAAUGUUAUUCUGAGCUGACCUGUUUAAAUA